GAUGCUGCGUGGAAGCCGAAGCCGCUCUUCCCGGGUGGCCCCUCCCGCCAGCCGGGCCGCUCAGAUGAGGGCUGCUCCGAGACAUGAGCCUACAGCUCAGCCUCCAGCUGCAGCCGCACCAUCUGCAGUUGGCUCCCCUGCUGCUGCACCCAGGCAGCCAGGCCUGAUGGCCCAGAUGGCACUCACUGCAGCUGGUGUGGUCAUGGGCUCUGCAGUGGGUCACACCCUGGGUCAUGCCGUCACUGGGGGCUUCAGUGGAGGAGGCAGUGCCGAGCCUGCAAGGCCUGACGUCACUCACCAGGUAUCCCAGGGAACCCAGGACCAGCAGUCUCGAGGGCCAUGCUCUCUUGAGAUCAAACAGUUUCUGGAAUGUGCCCAGAACCAGAGUGACGUCAAGCUGUGCGAGGGCUUCAGUGAGGUGUUGCGACAGUGCAGAUGGUUUAAUCCAACCAAGAAGUUCAAACGGAAGAAAUUGAAAUGGACUCUGCCUAAUUUAUAGUGCAAGUGUGGACCCUGAGUAAACAAGCCUUAUUUCUAAUA